CCGCACUCUGACCAGUGGCACUCGGGAACGGUAGUCCACGGGUCAGUCCUGGUCAGCUACAACGCUGCGAUCAGCGCGUGUGAGAAGGGUAAGCAGUGGCAGAGAGCAGUUGCACUACUCAGCGAGAUUUGGGAGGAGAGAUUCUAUGGCCCAAUGUUAUCAGCUGCAGCGCUGGGAUCAGCGCGUGCGAGAAGGGCAAGCAGUGGCAGCGGGCGCUGUCGCUGCUCAGCGAAAUGUCUCAGGCGAGGUUAGAGCUCAACGUCAAUCAGCUACAACGCCGGGAUCAGCGCGUGCGAGAAGGGCGAGCAGUGGCAGCGGGCACUAUCGCUGCUCAGUGAUAUCCCUACUCAGCUUCAACGCUGGGAUCAGCGCGUGCGAGAAAGGCCUACAAUGGCAGCGGGCAUUGUUGCUGCUCAGAGAGAUGUGGCAAGCGAAGCUGGAUCCCACCAUCAUCAGCUAUAACGCUGGGAUCAGUGCGUGCGAGAAGGGCGAACAGUGGCAGCAGGCUUUGGCCCUGCUGAGCGAGAUGAGGGAGGUAAAGUUGGAGCCCAGCAUCACCAGCUACAACGCUGGGAUCGGCGCCUGCGCGAAGGGCGAGCAGUGGCAGCGUUCUUUGUCGCUGCUCAGUGAGAUAUGGGAGGCUAUGUUGGAGCCCGACGUCAUCAGCAAUAGCGCUGGGAUCAGCGCGUGUGUGAAGGGCGAGCAGUGGCAGCUGGCUUUGACGCUGCUGAGCGAGAUGCGGGAGGCGGCAUUCGAGUCCAGCAUCAUCAGCUACAGCGCUGGGAUCAGUGCUUCCGAGAAGGGCGAGCAGUGGCAGCGGGCUUUGUCGUUGCUGAGCGAGAUGAGGGAGGUGAAGUUUGAGCCCGACAUCAUUAGCUACAGCGCUGGGAUCAGCGCUUUCGAGAAGGCCAGGCAAUGGCAACGGGCACUACUGCUGCUUAGAGAUAUGUGGGAGGCCAUGUUGGAGCCCGACGUCAUCAGCUGCAGCGCUGGGAUCAGCGCUUGCGCGAAUGGCGAGCAGUGGCAGCAGGCGCUGUCGCUGCUGACGGCGGUUCGGGGGGCGAAGAUUGAGCCCAACUCCAUCUUGGACUAUUUGGUCCCAUCUUGGAGCCAUCCCGGGCCAUUCUGGACCCUCCAACGACCCGCGCUG